AUGUACAUUUGUGCCCAUGUGGAUGAGAUGAAUUGGUCUUGGGAUGUAGACUUAAUGUCCCACAUACAAAUUACUAAAUUGAUCAAAAGUUUGGGAUAUAUGAGUAUUAAAUGUUUGUGGUACCAACAUCCCAAGUACUCAUUUACACGUGGACUUAGACCUCUCAACAAUGACGAGGAUGUAGUAAAGUUUGCUGAAGAUGUCAAAUGGUUCAACAUAAUUGACGUAUUUAUGGAACACUCUAUAGAUAAUCCUAUUAUUAGUGAUGAAAGUCCAAUUCAAGAGCCAAUUGAAGCUGAAAAACUCCAAGGUGAAGGUGAACAAGUUCAAACUGAACCAGUUCAAGCUGAAACAGUUCAAAUCAAACCAAAUCAACCAGAAACUGAACCAGAUCAACUAGAUUCUGAACCAGUUCAAACUGAACAAGAUAAAUUAGAAUCUGAACCAAUUCAAACUGAACCAGAUCAACCAGAUUCUGAACCAGUUCAACCUGAAUCUGAAGCAGUCCAUGGUGAAGAUUAUCUUAGUGAAGAAGAUGAAGAUUAUAUUGCAACCUCGAUGAUGAUAUGGAUCUUUGUUAAUGUUGGUGAUGAAAAUUCAUCUGAAAGACAUGCAAACCCAAGAGGAAACCCAGGGCCUAGUUCUACAACUAAUUUUGAAGAAAAUGAUGUGAAUUAUGAUGAUUUGGAUACUCCACCAGAAAGUGAAGUUGAUGAAGAGGAUGUUAGGAAAUUUCCUAAAUUUAACCAGCCUGAAAAUGGUGAUGAAGUAAGGUUUGAGUUGGGCCUAAAGUUCAAUACAAAAGAGCUCGUUAAGAAUGCCAUUAAAAAUUUUGCAAUGGAGACUAAGAAAAACUUAUAUUUCAAAAAGAAUGAUGGAAAGAGGAUCAUUGUUAGGUGUGAGCCAGAAUGUCCAUUUUACACGAGGAUCAGUAAGAGGACUUCAAACGAAUAUUGGCAAUUAGUGAGUUUCAUAGAUGAUCAUACAUGUCAUAAGAGGACAAAAAAUAGACAAGCUAAGACUGAAUGGAUUGCCAAGAAAUUCGUUCCUAUGUUGAGACAUACACCUAAAAUGAAACCCAAGGGAUUGAUUGUUGAGGAGCUUGAUAAAUGGGGGUGUGAAGCUGUCUACAUACCAAGCAUAUAG